AUGGCGAGGUCUCGACAGAGUCCAUCAAUGAAGCAUCGUCGGCGAGCUGAAGAGGAUCCGCGCGAGAGACAUUUGAAUCGAGAGUGGGAGAGAGACCGGGACCGUGGCGACCAGCGACGUCCUUCACCACCUUUUGGAUAUCGAGAAGAUCGAUCAGGCCCUGGUCGAGACAGAGAACAGGCAGGGCGAGGCAGCCGUCGAUCGAAUAAGAAGUGGCAAUUUCGAGAUUCGAGGAAAUCGCAUGGUAGAAGGUCAUCCGUUUCACCAUCUCGUCCUCACAAAUCACAACAUUCGCACCCGCCACCCCCAAGGCCGUUUGACGAUCGGCCGGGCCGAUUUCGUGAAUACUCCCCAGAUAGGCUGCCCAAACGCAGACGUACGCAGAGUCCAUCACCUGCACCUAGCGACAGAUUUGGCCCAGUAGGCCAGAGACCUGGUCGCAGUCGAGAUCGCUCAGACAUCAGUGAUAGGCGAUCCUCUGUUGCCAGGUCUCGCUCACCUUACCGGGAGCAAUCAUCUCGCCCUACCCGACCUGAUAUCAGAGGUCCUGCCGACUCCAGAGCAUCCAGUCUUUCCCGCAGACACGAUAGACGUUCCAUAUCGCCACAUCAUCCUGCCAGAUCAUCACCUCCGCCUAUCAACGAAUCGCGACGGGCACUGAUCGACGACCAAAAGUCCUCGCAAAAAGACUUUCGACCACCAAAACGACCUCGGGCGGGUAAAGGUCGGCCGUCCGUCGAACAAGGUCAACCUCGUUCCAGGACUCCGUCCGUGGUAGACGACGCAGACAAUCGAUCAAUGGACGGUCAAUACCCGGCACGCGGCAAUUAUGGUGGACAUCGAGGACAACAAAGACCGUUUGUCGACACUAGGCAAGCAGCAUAUGGAGGUUCUCCUCCUUACGCGGGCACCCCGAAUAGCUCCUAUCAUGGCUCACCUCAAGCUGGCUCGCCGUAUCACAACCAAAGAGGUGGAUGGGGAGGACCGAAUGGUCCCAUGCAUAACUCCUCGCCUCCGUACCGGCAAAACAGCCACCCUGGGCCAGGUGGCAUGAACAACCCAAAUCCCUACUACCAAAAUCAACAACACUACGGAGCUAAUCCGCAAGGAUAUCAACAACCCCCUUAUCGAGGUGGUCAUGGUCCCAAUCGUGGUGGACAGUAUCCUCACCAGGGAAAACAAGAUCAAAGGUUCAACGGCCCUAGACCAAGGGGUAGAGGCGGCCACUUCAACAACUUGCAAUGGACGGCACCCUCCGGUCCCAAACGAGGAGGCUCACACAACAAUGAUUAUCAGGAGGGUCACACUCACCAAGCACAUGCAUCUCCCACUCCCUCACAAGCAGCUUCGCACGAAGAAAGACAAGCACCCGCCGAAGAAGAAAACCCCUUUAGACCUUCGAAAGAGCUGCAAGUGGAAGAUCAAAGAGGCGCGAACCAAAAGGCCCAGAACGACGAACAAGGGGGAACACCUGGUUCCAAGUUCAGCUUUGCGUUCAAGUCAAAAGCUCCUCCUACUGGACCGGCUAAAUCCACCAACGACUUCUCAGCCAAACCGAAAGCGCCAUUCCAACCUCCUGGCGAUCGGCUUCCCCCCACAGAACCGAAAAAGAAGCAGUACGACCGAAACUUCGAGCGUCGAGAUGAUAGACAAGGUCCUCGGCCUCCUCGGCCUGAUUUUGUACACCCAGAUCGUCGACAUCCCAAUGAUCGCCACCUGCAGCCGCAUGAGCGUAGAGCCGGUCGAUCACGCUCUCCGCCCAACAAGAGGCAGAAGACAGAACCCAAGCCACGGCCUACUCUGACACCCGAGUUCGCAGCAUCAGAAUCGAUAUACUACCGAAAACCUGGUAAUGAGUCGGUAGUAGGUGCAGGCACAUAUGGAAAAGUAUUCAAAGCCAUUCACAUCUACACCAAAGACAAAGUUGCGCUGAAGAAGAUCCGAAUGGAAGGUGAACGAGAUGGAUUCCCAAUAACGGCCGUGCGUGAGAUCAGACUGUUGCAGCACCUCCGACAUCAACAUGUUGUCGCGCUCCAAGAGGUCAUGGUGGAAAAGAAUGAGUGCUUUAUGGUUUUUGAAUAUCUGUCGCACGAUCUGACUGGACUCAUCAAUCAUCCUACAUUUAAGCUCACACAAGCGCAUAAGAAGGAUUUGGCGAAGCAGAUGUUCAGUGGCUUGGACUACCUCCAUCGCCGUGGCGUCCUACACCGCGAUAUCAAAGCAGCGAAUAUUUUGGUCUCCAACAAAGGCCAGCUCAAAUAUGCCGAUUUCGGUCUCGCACGCUUCUACACCAAAUCACGCAAACUCGACUAUACUAAUCGCGUCAUCACCAUCUGGUAUCGUCCGCCAGAACUCCUCCUAGGAGAGACCCAGUAUGGUCCAGAAGUCGAUGUCUGGUCUGCUGCUUGCGUCUUUGUCGAGAUGUUCACGAAGAAAGCGAUCUUUCCAGGAGAAGGCGGUGAGCUCAGCCAACUUGAAAAGACCUACAACAUUCUUGGUACACCGACCCGAGCUGAGUGGCCGGGUAUUGUCGAUCUCCCCUGGUUCGAACUCAUGCAGCCUGCCGAGAAGCGCAAGCGACAAUUCGAGACUAUUUACAAGGAUGUUUUCAGUCCGGCCGGACUUGACUUGGUGCAACAGAUGUUCAAGUAUGAUCCGACGGCACGACCUAACACGGAGGAGGUCCUGAGCCAUGGAUAUUUCACUAAGGAAGAACCGGAGCCUGUCCAAGCCGUCGAGUUGGAAGAAGUCGAGGGCGACUGGCACGAGUUCGAGAGCAAGGCAGCAAGACGAGAGAACGACAAGCGCGAGAAGGAGAGGAAGAAGGAAGAAUAUAUUCGAGAAAAGGAGAAGAGAAAAGCGCGAGAUGCGGGUUUGCCAGAACCUAGUGGAGACAAGAGGGCCAGGGUGGACAACACGCCUUCGAUGCCGCCUCCGCCGUCGAACGUUGAUGGUCCUGCUUCUGCACGACCUUCGAUCAACGAUUCCGAAACCCGAGAAGAUGACAACGACUCGGAAGGUGAAGGCAGUGCACGGAUGAGCAUGUCGUGA